GCUUGAAUCUGUGAUGACCUGAUGACAGGAGGAGCUAAGAGCCGAGGAGGCAGCAGGUGAAUCAUUAAACAGCUUCUAGUUUUAACCGUCCUACCUGUUCAGCAGUGUAUAAACUGAAAGAUACUGAGAGCGGAAAUGUUCCGCUGUAUAUGACCGGUUUUGCUUCCCAAAUAAAAGUAAUAAGAGCUCAGAAGGGACAAAAAGACGAAACCACGCCGCCACAGCCUGGAUUUAGCAGGUUAGUUGUUGUGAGAGGAGGAACCUCAGAGUUGGAGCCAUGUUGUCGGCGGAGGAGAUUCUGUGCAACACGCAGCAGGUGAUUGCCGGUCUUGAGGCGCUGAAAGGAGAGAACCGCAGUCUGCUGGAGAACCUGCAGGAGGCGUUGGAGAGCCGGCCGGCGUCGGAAAGCGGCAGCGUGGAGCAGGAGAAGAGCGGCAUCAUCCGCCAUUCACUGGAGAGGAUAGAGCUGGGGCUGAGUGAGGCACAGGUGAUGAUGGCGUUGUCGGCUCACCUGGGUUCACUGGAGGCAGAAAAACAGAAGCUGCGCGCUCAGGUGCGUCGCCUCUGUCAGGAGAACCAGUGGUUGAGGGACGAGCUGGCAGGUGCUCAGCAGCGGCUGCAGGACAAGGAGCAGGAGGUGGUCACCCUGGAGGAGCAGAACAAACACCUGCAGUUCAUGUCCUCCAUACGCAAAUACGACCUGGAGGAGCCGCAGCUGGAUGACAAAGGCACGACUUCCACCAAAGAGUCUCUGGAUGACCUCUUUCCUACCGAGGACGAGGAACAGUCACAUGUGUCCCAGCCUCACCACAGCAGUGCAGCAGCCGCAGCCCAGCAGGGCGGCUACGAGAUUCCCGCCCGCCUUCGAACACUCCACAACCUGGUCAUCCAAUACGCAUCCCAGGGUCGAUACGAGGUCGCUGUGCCACUCUGCAAACAGGCUUUGGAAGACCUGGAGAAGUCCUCAGGCCACACCCACCCAGACGUAGCCACCAUGCUGAAUAUACUGGCACUGGUAUACAGAGACCAGAACAAAUACAAAGAAGCAGCCAACCUGCUGAACGACGCGUUGGCGAUCAGAGAGAAAACUCUUGGAGUGGACCAUCCGGCUGUGGCAGCAACGCUCAACAACCUGGCGGUGCUCUAUGGGAAAAGAGGAAAAUACAAGGAAGCCGAGCCGCUGUGUAAAAGAGCUCUGGAGAUCAGAGAGAAAGUUCUGGGUACAGAUCACCCAGAUGUGGCCAAGCAGCUGAACAACCUGGCUCUGCUGUGUCAGAACCAGGGGAAGUACCAGGAGGUGGAGCAGUAUUACGAACGCGCUCUGCACAUCUACCAGAGCAAACUGGGACCAGACGACGCCAACGUGGCCAAGACCAAGAACAACCUGGCAUCGUGCUAUCUAAAGCAGGGGAAAUACAGACAAGCUGAAGCUCUUUACAAAGAGAUCCUGACCAGAGCACAUGAAAAGGAGUUUGGAUCUGUAGAAGGCGAGGGCCGUCCCAGCUGGUCCGGUGGCGAGGACGGCGGCUCCGGACAGGACGGACUCAGUAACCUGAAGCGCAGCGGCUCCUUCACCAAACUCAGAGAGUCGAUACGCAGAAGCAGCGAGAAACUGGUCCGCAAGCUGAAAGGAGUUGGACUGGAGGAAACGACCCCGAGGAAUGCUGGAAUGAAGAGGGCGAACUCUCUGAAUGUGUUGAAUGUUGGAGCUAGAGAGAGUCAGGACGGCGCCCAGUCGAGCCGUUUGACAGAUGUUCGAGGCCUGAGCUCCAGCACGCAGAGCCUGACAAGACGAGGUUCACUCGGUGGUACCAGCUAACACACACACACACACACACACACACAAAUAGAGAACCGGAAGUAUCGCUCGUAUCAGAUGUUCUACACCAAAGUGGAUUCCCCACUUUCAGUCCCCUCAAGAAAAACGGAGAUAGUUGUCACCACUGGAGACAAAAAUCUAACUUGCAAAUGUGUUAUAUAUCCAUUAUUUAAAGAAGUAAUAACAAAUUAAUGUUUUAUUUGCCAUUGAGGAAAUUUUACUGCCAGCUUAAUAAUAUCACACGUUUGUCUCCGGUAAUGACAAGUUUCUCCAAAAAGUGAUUAAAACGGUGUAGUAACAUACCGCCUACACCUUGACAUAUCUACAUUGCACUAUAACCGUUCCUUCCUGUUCACUUGAAAUUAAAAAAAAAAAAUCCUUCCUGGUUAUAGAUUAGAAACAAACUCAGUUUCCUGAUUUUAAAGUUAACUCUUAACUUAAAAAUGUAAG